AUGACCACGUUCUUCUUUGAACAUUGGCACUGGCUGGUUCCAAACCUGUCGAUGGCCGAUGUGGCCAAUAGUCCAACACCAACAGCUGAUACCAGUGUUAGCCGAUACAUCAGUACAACCCUAGAGAAGCUAUUCCAUGGAGCAUUUGUUGCAGUUUCCAUCCUUGCCAUCCCUGCCUGGGUUUUGGUUAACUUGAAGCACUACCGUGCUGGGAAGAGCUCCUAAGCCCAAGUAUCUUAGGCCCAGAGUUAGAGUGUGUAAAGUCUUCGUGAUACUGCAGUUUUGUAGAUAUUGGUGCAAUCCAUGAAAUAAAACAUAUGUCCUCAGCA